AUCUCUGGUGCCGGAGGAACUUCGGUUAAGCGUUUGACAUGACAACCUUCGGGCCGCCAAUCAUCCCCAACUUUAUUUUGGAAUCAGUUGUCGGGUCGCCGGGACUGCUCGUGCCGAAGGGUUGACUUGCUUCCGAGAUCCGGACCCCGGAAAGCCCAACGAACGCCAUCCAGCUACGGAACAUCAACGGAGCGGACCAUGGGAAUAACUUGACAUGGGCCUAUUUAUUGGGACUAAAUGCCCUGAGUCUCAUCUCAAGUCAGUUAAUUCUCCAUGACCCAGACACUUUUCAAAAAAUCCGAGCUUACGCUACACCAACGAUGAGUCCGUCCUACGAUCAAAGUACUCGGGCAAGCGAGCUUGUGCAGCAGUACGGGCCCCAAAUUUCCGGGAAGAUUAUCCUCAUCACCGGUGCCUCCCCCGGAAGCCUCGGCGAAAGCUUCGUGAAGCAAGUAGCUGUGGCAAAGCCAGCUAUCUUCAUCCUGGCAGGCCGCUCAAUCCCUAAAAUGCAGGGCCUCGUCGAUGAGCUUAACAGCUCACACCCGGAAAUAAAAGUCAAGCCUCUCGCCCUGAAUCUGCUGUCGCUCGCCGAUGUACGCAGAGCCGCUGAAACUGUCAAUUCAUGGGCUGAUGUGCCUCAUAUCGACGUCCUGAUCAACAAUGCCGGUAUAAUGGCUGUCCCGUACCAGCUCACUGUGGAUGGCUUUGAAAGCCAGUUCCAGACGAACCAUCUCGGUCAUUUCCUCUUCGCAAAUCUUAUCAUGGCAAAGGUUCUCGCGUCGGAUGCCCCUCGAGUUGUUGUCGUCUCUAGUGGCGUACAUCGCGUUGGUCAUAUACGCUGGUCGGACUAUAAUUUCAACGGAGGCAAGCAUUACCAGAGGUGGUUAGCGUACGGUCAGUCAAAGACGGCAAACGCCCUUAUGGGUCUCAGUCUCGCCGAGAAGCUCGGCUCUCGAGGUCUCAUCGCCCUUCCGUUGUGCCCUGGCGUGAGUUAUACAAACCUCUCGGCACAUGGGAUUGAUGACCAGGCUUCGUUUGCUGCGGACCUUACGCAGAUGGACAACCUUUAUGGAAAUAAGUGGUUGUGGGGAAUGGCCGAGAUGCACAUAAAGGACUUGGACCAGGGUGCAGCGACGCAUGUUUUUGCUGCGUUCGACAGUAGCGUUGGAGAACACAAUGGCGCUUUCUUGAAUGAUUGCCAUGUUGCGGACCCAGAACGGGAGGAAGUAUACCCGUGGGCAACUAGUAAGACGGAUGCGGAGAGACUAUGGAAAUUGAGUGAGGAGCUUGUUGGUCAGGAGUUUAAGUAUUAGAAAGACUAGCGAUCUUUUCGGCGGUGG